ACUUGAUCAAAAAUUAUUUAAACCUCUUCGUCAAAACAAAAUUAUUUAAAUUAAACCCUAUUCCCCAAAUUCGUAUUUUACUCUUACACCACCAAAUCAACAACAAUGGCGACGACGAUGGUAUUAGACCCAAAACCCUUAUCGGAACCACCACCAACCCUUCCAUCAUCAAAUUCCGAUCACCACUACGGUGUUUCCGACGAAGAUGACUUGUACACCGUCCUCAAAUCACUGGAGCGAAAACACGAAUUCAUCGACAUCCAAGUCGAGUACGUGAAAGACGAACACAAGAAUCUGAAGCGAGAGAAUCUCCGUGCUCAAGAAGAAGUUAAUAGGAUCAAAUCGGUUCCUCUCAUUAUCGGUCAGUUCUUGGAGAUGGUUGAUGAGAACAACGGUAUCGUUGGAUCAACUUCUGGUUCCAAUUACUAUGUUCCGAUUCUCAGUACUAUCAAUCGUGAACUUCUUAAACCUUCUGCUUCGGUCGCGCUUCAUCGACAUUCCAAUGCUCUUGUUGAUGUUCUUCCUCCUGAGGCUGAUUCGAGUAUCUCGCUUCUUAGUCAAUCUGAGAAACCUGAUGUCACUUAUAGUGAUAUUGGAGGAUGUGAUAUCCAAAAACAGGAAAUUCGUGAGGCUGUGGAGUUACCUCUCACACAUCACGAGCUAUACGCACAAAUUGGUAUUGAUCCUCCUCGUGGUGUUUUGCUAUAUGGUCCUCCUGGAACUGGUAAAACAAUGCUUGCCAAAGCUGUUGCUCAUCAUACCACUGCUUCCUUCAUUAGGGUUGUGGGUUCUGAGUUUGUGCAGAAGUAUCUUGGUGAGGGUCCACGAAUGGUUCGAGAUGUAUUUCGUCUUGCAAAAGAGAAUGCCCCUGCAAUUAUAUUUAUUGAUGAGGUUGAUGCGAUAGCAACUGCUAGAUAUGAUGCCCAAACUGGAGCUGACAGGGAAGUACAGCGUAUCCUCAUGGAACUUUUGAAUCAGAUGGAUGGUUUUGACCAGACAGUGAAUGUUAAAGUAAUAAUGGCAACCAAUCGAGCAGAUACUUUGGAUCCUGCCCUCUUGCGUCCUGGAAGGCUUGAUCGGAAAAUUGAGUUUCCUUUGCCUGAUAGACGCCAAAAGAGGCUUGUUUUUCAGGUUUGCACUGCCAAAAUGAAUUUGAGUGAUGAGGUGGACCUGGAGGAUUAUGUUUCCCGUCCUGACAAAAUUAGUGCGGCCGAGAUAACUGCUAUUUGUCAAGAAGCGGGAAUGCAUGCUGUUCGUAAGAAUAGAUAUGUCAUACUGCCAAAGGACUUUGAGAAGGGUUAUAGGACCAACGUGAAGAAGCCUGAUACCGACUUUGAAUUUUACAAGUGAUGAUGAGGUUUCCGAGCUUUUAGACUCUGGAAAUCAAGUCUGCAAAAUUUCAAAUAAACAUGCAUGACUACUGCUCAUCUGAAACUGAUAUCAAAAUAGGAAUUUUUAUUUUGAAGGAUCAAAACAGGGAAUUUUUAUGCUCAGGAGUAAUUUUUACUGCGUACUGUUUUUAAUUAUACUUUUAUUUUCAUUCAAGUACAGCAAUAUACAAAAGUCAGAUUGUAAAUUGAAUGGAUUCUUUACCGACUU